AUGGCCCAUGACCGCCGGGAAACUGAACGCUACUAUCUCCGUAGCCGAGGAGAAGAGGUACUUGAAUGGAUCACCGACCCCUGCGCACCCUACUGUCCCGUGUCCCUCAGCACAGUGACCCUCGCCGAUGUCGCGGAUCAGGCCACUCACUUCCGGAUGGUCUCGAACCUCGAGGCAGCAUCAGCUGAGGCGGGUCUUGUCGUGCCACGGCGACUCACAGAGGAAGCAGACAGACUUCCCCACGUGUACUACCGGAUGCGAUUUGGAAUAGACUCAUGGAGUGGAUCGAGCACGCCUGGCAUCUUGAUCAUUGAGAACAUGUGUCGAACCCAAGCUGAUACCCCCCGUCCCUCCGAGAUUGCUCUAGCCAUCUACGCUGAUGAUUCGGGCCCACUGCGUGGGCUGAGAUGCAUUUAUGUCACUGACAUAAUCAAUCGGGAGACCCGGGAGUACAUCUUCAGGAUCCUGCAUCGCAAUCGGUCCACUCAUCCGCCCCAAAUCUGGACUCGAAACAUGGAAGAGUUUGCAGAGAUCAUGGGGACUCGGAUCGGACGUACGGUGGCAUACAUUUUGCUGGGGGGCUUUGUGCGUUCCACGUGCCGUAUUAGGCGCAUCGUGAGCUGGAGGACUGGCUCGGAGUCGGAAAUAAACGCUCAUGUGCACCUUCGUUUCGACAUUGAUCACAUCCGUAUCUUCCAUCAAUAG